CACACACACACACAAAGCUCUGAAAUCCCUCUUUAUCUUUCUCUCCCACAUUUUGAAGCUCAGAUCUCAAAGAAACAAGGGAUUUCUGAAUUUUCCUGCAAAAAAAUAAACCCAAAAGAAAAGCAAAAUCCGCCAUUGUUUUUGAGAAAGGGUUUAGCGAAGGAAGGAAGGAAGGAAGGAAGGAAGAAAGCUGAAGAAAGUGGGAAUUUGUGGAAUCAGAUGUCUCUCAUAUGAGAUGAAGACCCAUUCCCAUUUCAACAUUCAUCUUUUCUUCCAAAUUUUCCUCUUCUUCGGCACUCUUUUCUGCCUCUCCUCUGCUGUUUCUGACGACCUUCUUCAACUUUCCGGCCAUGGCGGCCGAGGCCGCGGCCUCACCGACGCCGAAGCUCACUACAUCCGUCAGCGCCAACUUCUUUCCGUCAGAGACGAAUUCGGCGACCGUGGUGAAGAAGUCACCGUCGAUCCCAAGCUUGUUUUUGAAAACGACAGAAUCAGAAAUGCUUACAUAGCGUUACAAGCUUGGAAGCAAGCGAUUCUCUCUGAUCCUUUCAAUCUCACUCAGAAUUGGGUUGGAUCUGAUGUUUGUAGCUACAAUGGGGUUUUCUGUGCUCCGGCGCCGGAUAAUUCCUCGAUCCGUACGGUCGCCGGUAUCGACCUCAACCAUGGCGACAUUGCCGGUUACUUACCGGAGGAGCUUGGUCUUCUUGUGGAUCUUGCAUUGUUCCAUGUAAACUCGAAUCGCUUCUGUGGGACUGUUCCUCACAAGUUCAAGAACUUGAAGCGGUUGUUUGAGUUGGAUCUGAGCAACAAUCGCUUCGCCGGAAAGUUCCCUCGGGUGGUUCUUAAGCUGCCGGAGCUGAAGUUUUUGGAUCUGAGAUUUAAUGAGUUUGAAGGAACUGUCCCCAAGGAGCUUUUCGACAAGGAUUUGGACGCCAUUUUCAUCAACCAUAACAGAUUCCGGUUUGACUUGCCGGAAAAUUUCGGGAACUCGCCGGUUUCGGUUAUUGUUCUUGCGAAUAACAAAUUUCAUGGGUGUGUUCCGGGGAGCAUUGGGAAUAUGACGAGAUUGAAUGAGAUUAUUUUGAUGAAUAAUGGGUUUCGAUCGUGUUUGCCGUCGGAGAUUGGGUUUCUGAAGAAUCUGACGGUGUUUGAUGUGAGUUUUAAUGAGUUUUUUGGGAGUUUGCCGGAGACGAUCGGCGGAAUGGUGAGUUUAGAGCAGCUGAAUGUGGCGCAUAAUUUCUUGUCUGGGAAGAUUCCGGAGAGUAUCUGUAAAUUGCCGAAUCUGCAGAACUUUACUUACUCUUACAAUUUCUUUACGGGAGAGGCGCCGUCGUGCUUGGCUUUGCCGGAUUUUGAUGACCGGAGGAACUGUCUACCUGACCGGCCGGUACAGCGGUCUGAGAGGCAAUGUAAGUCGUUCUUGUCUAAGCCUGUGGAUUGCAGUUCUUUUGGAUGUCCUUCUUAUGUUGCUCCCUCGCCACCUGUAACGGUGCCUUCUCCGCCACCUGUUGUUGUUCCGUCGCCGUCGCCACCUGUUGUUGUUCCGUCGCCGUCGCCACCUGUUCCCACUCCUUCGCCACCUACUUCCGAAUCACAUCCCAUUUACCGACCACGCCCUCCGCCACCUCCAUCCCCCUCUCCCCCUCCGCCGCCUGUUUACUCUCCCCCGCCGCCUCCACCAUCCCCACCACCACCCCCCACCGGUUUACUCUCCGCCCCCACCGGUUUACUCUCCACCCCCGCCUCCACCAUCACCCCCACCACCAUCGCCCCCACCGCCAUCACCCUCACCACCUCCACCGCCUUCUCCUCCCCCACCAUCACCGGUGUAUUGUGUACGUCCAUCACCCCCACCGCCACCACCAAACUCUCCCCCACCUCCUCCUCCCUUGUUCUCACCACCCCCACCUGUUUACUACUACAAUUCACCACCACCGCCCAACUCUCCACCUCCGCCGCCAUUGUACUCUCCUCCUCCACCUNGGUGUAUUGUGUACGUCCAUCACCCCCACCGCCACCACCAAACUCUCCCCCACCUCCUCCACCUGUCUAUUCUCCCCCUCCACCAGUCUAUUCACCGCCCCCACCACCGCCGUGUAUAGAGCCUCCUCCACCUCCACCGCCACCAUGUAUUGAGUAUCAUGAACCCCCACCCCCACCAUCACCCUCACCACCUCCGCCAAUCCAAUACCUUCCUCCGCCAUCUCCUUCACCCCCACCACCACCACCUCCCACCCCAGUUUACCAUUCACCUCCACCGCCAGUCUAUUACUCUCCCCCACCACCACCAUCACCAUCUCCACCUCCACCACCUGCAUCACCACCACCAUCACCUGUAUACGAAGGCCCACUACCACCAAUCUAUGGAGUUUCGUACGCCUCUCCCCCACCUCCACCCUACUAUUGAUUCUUUUGAGAAAUUUUCCUCCUCUAACCUUACCUCAAACUCAAGCACUGAAGAAGGAGAAAUCCACACCAUGCCCUCUUUUAAAUCUUCUUCAAUGCACUAAAAGUUUCCCAAUCUCCAUUAUUUUUCCUCCUCUGAGGAAGAAUAAUAUAGACUUUUAAGGAUUAUAUUUAUUUCUGCAACUUAAAAGCGGCCAUGCCAUGUUCUUCUCUCUUACAAACAUCCCUUGUUUACACACAGAGAGUUUGAGGUAAGAGGGAAAAUCUCUUCUUAUUUGUUUGAA